AUGGCUGGGAACCAGACGAUCAAGAGAAUUUUCGAGGUCCCUGCAUUCAAUGCCGCCGACGGCACCCUUCGCAUAUGGCCCUGCUUCCACCGGUCGCCGGUCUUCACCGCCGGCGGCUACGAGUGGUCGAUCAGCUACUACCCCAAAAGCAUCUACGACCGCGACAGCAUCGACCUCUGCCUGCAGCUAGAGUCUGAGGGCCCCGGGGUGACGAUAUCGUCCAGCCUCGCCCUCCUCGACCCCAUGCCUAGCCUACCGCUGUCCACGCUGGUUGUACUCGCCACGCGGUCGCCGGUUUUUGAGGCGGAGCUGUUCGGGGGGCCGACGUCGACGGCGGAGGCGAGCCAAGCUCCGCCGGCGGCCGUCGAGGUCGACGACAUGAGGCCUAAUGUCUUCAAGACCCUUCUGCACUAUAUCUACACGGACACCCUGCUGGCCACGGAGGGAGAAGCCGGUGAUGACGAGGAGGCGAGGAGCUAG